UCUUCACCUGGCAGAAAAAGCGAGUCACCAUCAGUCCUGCUAUCUACGACUAGAGCUUCUAGAAAACAUGCUUCACUUCAGAGUCAGUGCAACCCUGCUUCUGGCAGCAACAUGUUUGCUCAUGAUGAAGACAGUGUUUGGCACAAAGAGAGUAACCACCUGUGGCGACGUCUACAAUGUCCAUCGCCUGAGCUGUGAUACUGGAAGGAUCGUUGUGAAGUAUGCACUGUAUGGACGCAGAGACAGCAAGACUUGCAUUGAGGGAAGACCUUAUUCACAGAUCUCAAAUACACACUGCUCUCUGGAGGGCACACUGGACAUCAUCAAGUUGAGCUGUGACGGCAAGACGGAGUGUGAACUAAACCCAAGAGUCUUUUCUAAGGAUCCCUGCUAUGGUACCGCCAAAUACCUGGAAACCACCUAUGACUGCUUCCCAGCAAUUAACUUUGAUGCAUGUGAGGGCUCUUUGGCACACCUCCAAUGCGAUGAAGGAAAGAUUAUAUUUAUCUACGGUGCUAACUACGGACGCCAUGACCGUACCACCUGCUCUUACAAUCGGCCCACUUCCCAGCUUCAAAGAAUCGACUGCUCGGACCAUUCUCGCAAAGUUGCUAACAUCUGCAAUGGACAAAACAGCUGCACUAUCAGUGCAACCAAUUCCGAGUUUGGAGACCCUUGUGGCGGCACUUACAAGUACCUGGAGGUUACUUACACUUGUAUCCUACAAUCUCAGCAGCUUCCAAACAAUUAACCUGUUAACAUAAUGAAAUGGCAGGCACAUCACAAUAAACCCCAUGGAAACGAGAAGGUGCAUCUCAAAGUGUUCCUCUUAAAUUAAUAAACAUGCAUUGAAAAUAA